CACUGCGCCUGCGUCCUCGGAGAAGCCUGGCCAUGGCGGCGGUGGAAGGAGUCUCUCCGGAGCCGGCGGCUUCCGAGCAAGCGGCCGAGCUGCCCGCGUCUGUGCGGGCGAGCAUUGAGCGGAAGCGGCAGCGGGCGCUGAUGCUACGCCAGGCCCGGCUGGCGGCCCGGCCCUACCCGGCGGCGGCGGGAGCGGCGACCGGAGGCGUGGCUAACGUAAAGGCGGCCCUCAAAGUGAUUGACACAGGAGGAGGCUUCAUCUUGGAAGAGGAAGAAGAGGAACAUAAAGUUGAAAAAAUUGUCCAUCAACCAGGCCCCGUGAUGGAGUUUGACUAUGUGUUAUGUGAAGAAUGUGGGAAGGAGUUCAUGGAUUCCUACCUCAUGAGCCACUUUGAUUUGGCCACGUGUGACAACUGCAGAGAUGCUGAGGAGAAGCACAAGCUUAUAACCAAAACAGAAGCCAAACAAGAGUACCUUCUCAAAGACUGUGAUUUAGAAAAAAGAGAACCAGCUCUUAAGUUUAUCGUGAAGAAGAAUCCUCGUCAUUCACAGUGGGGUGACAUGAAACUCUACUUAAAAUUACAGAUUGUGCAGAGGGCGCUGGAAGUCUGGGGCAGCCAGGAAGCACUAGAAGCUGCUAAGGAAGUUCGACAGGAAAACCGAGAAAAAAUGAGACAGAAGAAGUUUGAUAAAAAAGUAAAAGAACUGCGGCGAGCUGUAAGAAGCAGUGUGUGGAAAAGGGAAACAACUGCCCAUCAACACGAGUAUGGACCUGAAGAACACAUAGAAGAUGACAUGUACCGGAAGAGCUGUACUCUGUGUGGCCAUGAACUGAAUUAUGAAAAAAUGUGAUUUUUAGGUAUAAUUCUAGAAUAGUGAAUACACUCACAUGACAAGCCUGGUAACUGACAUCAGUACGAUGUUUUUACUGCAUGGUAUGAUGUGACCUGCUGUCAUUUUGUCUGUGGUGAGCUUUGUUUAAAGGGAAAGCAGCUGCUGCAUGGCUUGCUCACAGACCUGUUUCUAACUAGCCCUGCUUUGCCUUAUAAGCAGGUCCAACAGCUACUAUCUUCAUCAGAGGUAUUCACUGACUGAGGCCGAUCACUAAUUCCACCUUGUGUUUAAACAAGGAUAAGGAAGAAACAACAUAAAUAAGAGAAUAUUUUGGUCAAGAACCAGGGUUUUAGCUCUUUCUCUGCUUGUUACUUGCCAGGCAGCUUUAACCUUCAGGAAUCCCUACCUGCUCCAAGAUAAUCUCAGACUAUCAAAAUAUGGGAAAAUCCUAAAUCAGCAUAGA